CAGGGGGCGAACGAUAUGAAAACAACUGACGUCACUUCCUCUCUCGGAGAACAACAAUGGCGUCCUCCACGAAAGGCAGCAGCGUGAGGGAAACGCAGAAAGAAACGAGGUUUAAAAAGACGGCAGAACCAGUGGCCGAUGCGGAGCUGCUGACGGUCCCGGAGGGAUGGAAGGAGCCCGGCUUCACGAAGGACGACAACCCGCGCGGGCUGCUGGAGGAGAGCAGCUUCGCCACGCUCUUCCCCAAGUAUCGGGAGGCUUACCUGAAGGAGUGCUGGCCGCUGGUGGAGAAGGCGCUGGGGGAGACGCAUAUCAAAGGCACACUGGACCUGAUUGAGGGUAGUGUGACGGUCAGCACCACCAAGAAGACCUUUGACCCCUACGCCAUCGUCAGGGCCCGCGACCUCAUCAAGCUGCUGGCCCGUAGCGUGCCGUUCGAACAGGCGGUCCGCAUCCUGCAGGACGACGUGGCCUGUGACAUCAUCAAAGUGGGCACCGUGGUCCGCAACAGAGAGCGCUUUGUGAAGCGACGACAGAGACUCAUCGGCCCCAAAGGAUCCACUCUGAAGGCUCUGGAGCUGCUCACAAACUGCUACGUCAUGGUCCAGGGGAACACGGUGUCAGCGCUGGGUCCUUUCAGCGGCCUCAAGGAGGUGCGUAAGGUCGUCAUGGAUACCAUGAAGAACAUCCACCCCAUCUACAACAUCAAGGCCCUGAUGAUCAAGCAGGAGCUGUCCCGGGACGCUGAGCUGAAGAACCAGAGCUGGGAGCGCUUCCUUCCACGGUUCCGUCAGAAGAACGUCUCCAAGAGACGAGAACCUCAGAAGAAGAGCAAGAAGAAGGAGUACACGCCCUUCCCCCCACAGCCCCCAGAGAGCAAGGUCGACCGGGAGCUGGCCAGCGGCGAGUUCUUCCUCCAGGAGACGGAGAAGAAAAGAAUGAAGCUGCAAGAGGUCAAGGCUAAGCAGGCUGAGCAGGUCUCCAAGAGGCAGGAGGAGAGAAAGAAGGCGUUUAUUCCUCCCAAGGAGAAGGUCUUUGUCCAGAAGAGCCUCCCUAAAGAAGAGAAGCUGGACAUCGAAGCCCUGAAGGUAAAGGUGAAGAAGGCCAAAACCAAGAAGCUCGGAGCCCCGCCCAUUCCGGCCCCGCCCACACCACUCGACAAGAAGAAGAAGAAGAAGAAAAGGGGGGAGUUGUAGGUCAGGCCCUAAUGCUGGGGUCUGGAAAUUAUGAUGUCACAUUUGUGAUGAAACAAACUGUCACCAGUUGUGCUUGAGACCAAGAACAGAACAUCUCCUGCACCUCCAGCUCCUCCUCCUCCCUAUCCAGCUCCUCCUCCUCCCUAUCCAGCUCCUCCUCCUCUUGAUGUGUUUUUAUGUACAGAUUUUUGUAUUGUUACGGGAGAAGGGUAUAAACAAAGUAUUGAAAACAUUUCUCUGAGAAAAAACA